CCGCCCCGCCGUGCGCCGACGUCCUCCCCCGGCGCGGCGUCGGGCGGUCGGCUGGAGGAGCGUGGGGAGCGUGCGGAGCGUGGGGAGCGCCCACCGGCCCCGGGCGGCGCGGGUCCCGCCAUGAAGUUUCGGGCCAAGAUCGUGGACGCGGCCUGUCUGAACCACUUCACCCGGGUCAGUGCCAUGAUCGCCAAGCUGGCCAAGACCUGCACGCUGCGCAUCAGCCCGGAGAAGCUGAACUUCGUGCUGUCGGACAGAGUGGCCAGCGGAGGGGUGAGCAUGUGGUGUGAGCUGGAGCAGGAGAACUUCUUCAGCGAGUUCCAGAUGGAGGGCAUCUCUGCGGAGAACAACGCCAUCUAUUUAGACCUAACCGCGGAGAAUUUAUCUCGAGCUUUGAAAACGGCCCAGAACGCCAGAGCCUUGAAGAUCAAGCUGACCAAUAAGCACUUUCCGUGCCUCACGGUCUCGAUAGAGCUGUUAUCUGUGUCGAGCAGCAGUCGCGUGGUGACCCACGACAUCCCCGUCAAGGUUAUUCCUAGAAAGCUGUGGAAGGAUUUGCAAGAACCUACCAUUCCAGAUUCCGAUGUUAGUAUUUACUUACCAGUCUUGAAGACGAUGAAGAGCAUCGUGGAAAAAAUGAAGAAUAUCAGCAAUCACCUUAUCAUGGAAGCAAACCUCAGCGGAGAGUUGAACUUGAAAAUAGAAACAGAACUUGUGUGCGUCACAACUCACUUCAAAGACCUUGGGAACCCUCCGCCCGCCUCUGAAGACGCGUCUCAGGAGAGACCCCCCGAGCAGAUGGCUGAAGUGCACAUAGACAUCCGGAAGCUCCUGCAGUUCCUCGCUGGACAGCAAGUGAACCCUACGAGGGCUGUGUGCAAGCUCCACACUAAUCCUGUGCCUUUUACGAGCCCCGCGAAGGUGAGCCAUCCUCCAGGUGCACUGACAUUUGGGGAAGAAGCCCAGGUUCUGGAGAACCCGCCCCCGCUGGCGUCCUGGGACCAGGACAUUGUGAAAGCCACCAGCAGAGCACCGUUAAGUGCCGCCAGCAGGAGGUCGCAGGCCGCUUCGGACCCGGGCGACCACGCUGACAGAGACUCCUGGGGACCUUCUGUCACAAUCACGAGCUUCUGGAACAGCAGUGGCCCGGAACCCUGUCGCCCACGGAAAUGUGUGGUCGGGCCAGGGAGCAGUGUGCCCUGUGGCCUUCUCCAGCUGUCCCCCAGCGGGGCCCUGCCGCCUGAGGGUGCGGAUCCCCUCCUGCCCGUCUGCAGAUGAUGUGGCCUCAGACAUGCUUCCAGGGACUGACGUUGCCUCGACCGCUGCGUCCCCGGGGGUCCCCGUGAGGCCGGCUGUGUCCGCCC